AUGUCGGAGGCGGAGUGGGACGAGCUGCUGGACGGCUUCGACGAGCGCGGCUACCUGAGCGCCCGGCGCUGGCGACCCGGCGACGACCCCUACGCGCUCUACGCCUUCAACCAGCGCGAGAGCGAGCGCGUCCCCAGCAACCGAGCGCUCAGCGACACGCGGCACCACAGGUGCGGCGCCGCGCGCUACGACGACAACCUCCCUCCGGCUUCCAUCAUCAUCACCUUUCACAACGAGGCCCGCUCCGCCCUGCUGCGCACCGUCAGGAGUGUGUUAAACAGAACUCCGGUCCAUCUCAUCCACGAGAUCAUUCUGGUAGACGACUUCAGCGACGACGGGAGCGACUGUCAGCUUCUCACCAAACUGCCCAAAGUCAAAUGCCUACACAACAGCAAGAGAGAAGGUCUGAUCCGGUCCAGAGUGGGCGGAGCCGACGCGGCGGGUGCCAAGGUCCUGGCCUUCCUGGACAGUCACUGUGAGGUCAACAAGGACUGGCUGCCUCCCCUGCUUCACAGGAUCAAACAGGACCCCACCAGGGUGGUGAGCCCCAUCAUUGACGUCAUCAACAUGGACACCUUUGCCUACGUGGCGGCCUCCGCUGACCUACGAGGAGGUUUUGACUGGAGUCUUCAUUUCAAAUGGGAGGGGCUCUCGCCCGAGGAGAGGGACAGCCGCGUCGACCCCACCCAGCCCAUUAAGACGCCCAUCAUCGCCGGCGGCCUCUUUGUCAUCGACGCCUGGUGGUUCAAGCACCUGGGCAAGUACGACACGGCCAUGGACAUUUGGGGCGGGGAAAACUUUGAGAUCUCCUUCCGGGUUUGGCAGUGCGGCGGAAGCUUGGAGAUCAUUCCGUGCAGCCGCGUGGGUCACGUCUUCCGGAAGAAACACCCCUACGUUUUCCCAGAAGGAAACACCAACACAUACAUCAAGAACACGCGGCGCACGGCUGAAGUUUGGAUGGACGACUUCCGCCUCUUCUACUACUCGGCUCGCCCGGCUGCGCGAGGAAAAUCCUACGGAGACUCCAUCCGUGGACGCGUGGAGCUCCGACGCUCACUCAAGUGCAAACCCUUCAAGUGGUACCUGGAACACGUCUAUCCGCAACUCAAGAUUCCCGACGACUCGGACCGCCAGUCGGGUUCCAUCCGCCAGAGGCGCAACUGCAUGGUGUCUCGACGCGGGGACGACCGGGAGACGCCCGUCCUGGCGAUGGCGCCGUGCGCCGAUGGCGCUGGCGAACAGGAGUGGACGUACACGGCGGGUCGGCAGAUCCGCCAGCGACGCGACGGCAACAAGUGCGUGUCGGUCACCGCCACCUUCCCGGCGUCGCAGAUCUUGCUGCUGCCCUGCGACCUCAGAGACGCUAAGCAGCGCUGGCAGAAGUCGGGCACCCACCUGGAACACGUGGCGUCUCGCUUCUGCCUGGACUCGGCCAUGGCGCUGGACGGACUGGACUCUUCUCGCAUGCUGCUCAUCAGCCCCUGCGAAAUGGGCGCACCCACGCAACGCUGGGACCUCCCCUUCUCCUGA